ACUGUACAAAUAAAAAGGUACGGUCAACUUCAAAAUUUUAUCAAAAAAGCGCUGCCAUCGCCACUUGUCGGAACAAUCGGAUAUUCCCCGAGAGUAUAUAUUGCUAUCACACUAGGAUGUGGAUAGUAAUCUGACGCUGUCAUAGACCAGAUUUCAGGAAGCUGUACCAGAAGUACUAGGUCCAUAGCUAGUACCCAAUUACGCCGCCCAUCCUUCAUCAUCUUCGCAAAGAAUUAGAUCACUCACGCGGCGCAAACAAUCCCCCUGGAAGUAACCUUGUCCAGGCUAUACGGUGUAUAUCAUGCAUGCGGAGUAUUCUGAGCUCCGGAGCACUUACCACCUUCGUCUAAGUAAAAGCAGCUACCAAACUCAGCAAGCCACGAUCCUUCAAGAUUGAGCACAGUAGCCCCCCUGCCACGUACAUCGGUUAAUUCGUGGGGUCAUUGCAUAAGUGGCGGCUCGUAAAGUUCGCUCUGCAGACCAGCUUAGUGUCGCUGUGAUGACCCGUUUCCCAACAGCUGAGGAUUGGAGAUCUGCGCGGUCUGGGAUGUGGCCAUAGCGGGAUCCCUGUUCCGGCUAGGUGAUUUGCCUUCCGGUAUAUUGGUUUGGGAUUCUUGGGUUCGCUGCUGCUCGGUUACUCCGAGGAAAUUCCACACAUGGUGGAUGAAGCCAAUCUAGCAGGACGCGAAAUAUAAGGUUCCAUGUGCAAAUCCGUUGUCCGAAUGUCAAUCAAUCUCAUUGAAGUUUCGAGAUGACUGUUACUACUAUUGUCAACGAUGGCUCGUAUGCCGUCAAGCCCCCGUUCGUCAGUAUCCACACGGCGCGAAAGGACCACGGCACCGAGUUUGAAGCACUCGGGAAGGACCUCACGGAGGCGAUGAGCGCCUAUGUAGGCUAUCUGAGAGACGAAAAGCUCCCAUUGCCGUCUCUGGACCCCAGUGCAGUGGACUCUCCGGCCGUCAGGCAUGCGGACGGGGUAGCAAGCAAAGAGAAGAUCAUCGAGCUGGCGCAGGAGAUCUGCGCACGGACGAUGGAUCCAAAGAUGAACCUUUUGAUCAGCUCGUUGCAGUUCCACUUUUGCUCGUGUCUGCAAACGGUUCUCCACCUUCGUGUCCACGAACAUAUCCCAAAGAAUGGAAAUGUUGCGGCCAGGGACCUCGCAGCUGCCGUUGGUGCUGAAGAGGCACUAUUGACGCGCAUCAUGCGAGUCCUCACAAACAAAUACAUCUUCGCCGAGCCAGAGCCAGGCUACUACGCCCAUACCGCUAUGUCCUGGAGCAUGCGUGGACCAAACGAGUACCACCUCCUAGCACACAGACUCGACGAGCCCUUCCGCGCCUCCAGCCGCCAAGCAGACGCCCUCGCCGCAGGGGGGUAUCGCGAACCCCGCAGCAACGACUCCUUCGGCUUCCAUCUGGCGUUUAACACCCAGCGUAAUUUCUGGGACUAUCUGGCUACCGAGGACCUCGGCCGGAGACAGCGGUUCGCGCGCGCAAUGCAGGCCGUCAACCUGAAUACGCUAGACGUGAUACCGGAAAUGUACGCGUUCAACAAACUGAUCGCCGACGGCGGCGUGAUUGUCGAUGUUGGAGGGGGGUUGGGGCAAGUAGCCAGGAAGAUCCAGGCAUACUAUCCGGACAGUGGGCUGCGAUUCAUUGUGCAGGAUGGGUUUGCUCCUGUGGAUUCGACUACCCGCGAUGUGUCGGGGGUGGAGAUCCAGCGGCAUGAUUUCUUUGGCCCGCAGCCAGUGAAGGGCGCCGCGGCGUACUUCUUCCGACACAUCUUCCACGACUGGCCCGACAGCACGUGCGUGCACAUUCUCAAGCAGACGGCGGAAGCGAUGGACGCAAACCGAAGCCGCAUCCUGAUCUGCGAUCAAAUAGUGGACGAAGCAUCGCCGUCAGUCCCGUCGAUGCUGUAUGACAUCGACAUGAUGACGCUGUUUGGUGGGAAGGAGCGCACACUGCGGCAAUGGGACGCGCUGCUCAAGGCGGCAGACGAGAGGCUGUACGUGAGCAGGAUAGCCAAGAAGAUGACGACCACGAUCAUUGAGGUGUGUGUUGGGGAUACAAGGUAGAUAGAUGGCUUGACUUGAAGCAAAGCAAUACAGUACUACCAUACACCGGAUUAUUACUUGAAUCUACGCCUGCAUUUACGGGCCUCGGGGCCUGACGUAAGACCAUCCACCAUCAAACCUCUGCCUUGCCUGGAAGUUCUUGAUGACCUGCAAGACCCGUUCAGAGGUUUUGUCUGAUUCCGUCAGAUGGAGAGCCGAUAUCCCGCCUAGGGUGAGGCAAAAGGCUUUCGAUGGCGGCCGCAUAUCAAUAGGUAGAUGGCAGGAUACCCGAGGGCCUACUCUGGAGUACCCAAUCUUGGAAGAGAAGUAUAACUUAGAGUGCCGCUCGCAUUACCUACCAGAUGCGCUGUUUCACACUCGUAUCCUCAUUUGAACCAAAUUGUCAUCAUUCCAUUCUGUCUAUUAGAGAGCGGACUGACGAUAAUAUCAAUGCAAAUCGGACAUGGAAAAGGUUUUUGCACUUCAGAUGCCCUUGGACCUUGCUUUACCGGCUCAUAAAACUUGGCCUAGGUGUCUUAAGCAUCUCUGGUGUGUGUCUUCAUAGCUCAAAUUUGCGCUGCCUAUUGAUCACCCCGAUGUGUUCUCCUGUUCCCGCGGGGACUUAUUUGACUCUCAACAAACGCGCGAUGCAUUGGCCUUAUAGACAUGGCGUUAUGGGGCUAUGGGGCUCACU